GCCUACUAGUGAUGACAGCAGAUGACAGCUGACUGAGCUAGCGCGCUGAAGGAAAGGGGAGAUCAGGAACGGUCUCGAAUAGACAUAUCUAGCGAUUUAACUGGUUUAAAUCUUUCACGGUUAUAGGGAUUCCAUAAAGAACUGGUAUACUAUCAACAAAUUGUUUGACUUUAGCCUCUGAGUGAGCUGGUAAAGAUGGUGAAGCCAGACAUCCACACUCUGGCCCACCACCUGAAGCAGGAGCGGCUGUAUGUGGCUUCAGAGAAGCAGCUGAUCCAACGGCUCAACGGGGACGUGCUGAAGACUGCUGAGAGGCUGUACCGUGCUGCCUGGAUCACCAAACAGCAGAGGAUCAACCUUGACCGGCUCAUUCUCACCAGUGCUGAGGCCUCCCCGGCCGAAUGCUGCCAACAUGCCAAAGUGCUGGAGGACACGCAGUUCCUGGACGGCUACAAGACUCUGGGCUUUCAGGAGAGCAUCUAUGGGGAGUUCCUGGGUCGGGUGCGCGAGAACCCUCGGCUGUUGGCCUCCUGCCUGGUGGCCGGGGAGAGGCUGAACCAGGAGCACACACAGGGGGUCAUUUACACGGUCUUCACCUCCCUCUACGGUAACUGUAUCAUGCAGGAGGAUGAGCGCUACCUGCUGCAGGUCCUCCGCUACUUGGUGGAGUUUGAGCUGAAGGAGAGCGACAACCCUCGGCGGCUGCUGCGGCGGGGCACGUGCGCCUUCAGCAUCCUCUUCAAGCUCUUCUCCGAGGGGCUGUACUCAGCCAAGCUUUUCCUCACCGCCACCCUCCACGAGCCCAUCAUGCAGCUGCUGGUGGAGGACGAGGACCACCUGGAGACGGACCCCUCCAAGGUGACGGAGCGCUUCACGCCGGCCCAGCAGGAGCGCCUGUUUGGGGAGAAGGGCUCGGAGGGCUACAGACAGAAGGUGGCAGCUGCCGUGGAAGCCAACGAGGCCAAGCUGGUGACCCUGGUCAACAAGUUCAUCGGCUACCUGAAGCAGAACACCUACUGCUUCCCCCACAACCUGCGCUGGAUAGUGUCUCAGAUGUACAAGACGCUAUCGUGCGUGGAACGGCUGGAGGUGGGUGAGGUGCGGACCAUGUGCACAGACCUGCUGCUCACCUGCUUCAUCUGCCCAGCCAUAGUCAACCCUGAGCAGUACGGCAUCAUCUCAGACGCCCCUAUCAACGAGGUGGCUCGCUUCAACCUCAUGCAGGUAGGGCAGCUUCUUCAACAGUUGGCAAUGGCUGACGAUGAUGGAGACCCCCGGAGGAAAAACAGUUUGGCCAAGUUCGAUAAGAGCUGUGUAGCUGCCUUCUUGGAUGUGGUAAUCGGAGGGAGAGCUGUGGAGACACCUCCCAUGUCCUCCAUGAACCUACUAGAAGGACUCAGCAGGACUGUGGCGUACAUGACACACAGUCAGCUCCUCUGCCUGGUGGACUUUGUACGGAGUGUGAUGGCAGGGGACCACCUCCGGGAGGAGGAGCACAUGCUCCUGGAGACCAUGCUGGCCAACGUUCCCCAGUCCCGCACGGUGAAGAGCAACAGUCUGGAGCUCACCCCCUCCAACACCCCUCAGCUCUCCCCAGCCACCACCCCCGCCAACAAAAAAAACAGGAACAUAGGACAACAGUUAGCAACUUCCUGGGACUCCACAACCACCACCCUGUCUGCUCACAUUCCAUUAGUUACCCCUUUUGCCUCCCGCAGUCGUAGCCGUUCCGAGCUGGCCCAGCAGGGGGAGGCAGAGGCUAGCUCUCUGGAGUCCCUGCAGGAGGUUAUGCCAGAGGAGGUGCUGGUGAUCUCACUAGGAAGCAGCCCGCAGACCAUCCCUGGGAUGAUGUCAGAGAAUGAGGUGUUGACCAUGCAGCUGACUGAUGGGUCACAAGGGGACACUCCUGCAGAUGACACCAAGCACCAUGGCAAGCCAGACAAAACCCUACGCUUCUCCCUCUGCAGUGACAACCUGGAGGGCAUCUCAGAGGGUCCAUCCAACCGGUCUAACUCCGUGUCGUCUCUGGACCUGGAGGGAGAGUCUGUGUCUGAGCUGGGAGCUGGGCCAUCAGGGAGCAAUGGGGUGGAGGCUCUGCAACUGCUGGAGCAUGAACAUGCCACCACUCAGGACAACCUGGAUGACAAACUGCGUAAGUUUGAGAUCCGCGACAUGAUGGGCCUGACAGAUGACCGGGACAUCUCUGAGACAGUGAGUGAGACCUGGAGCACAGACGUGCUGGGCAGCGACUUUGACCCCAACAUGGAUGAGGAUCGACUGCAGGAAAUAGCUGGGGCGACUGUUGAGAACAUGCUGGGCAGCCUGCUGUGCCUACCAGGCUCCAGCUCAGUGCUGCUAGACCCUUAUGGAUCCACCAUCUCAGAGACCACCAGCGAGGCCUGGAGUGUGGAGGUCCUGCCCAGCGACUCAGAAGCCCCAGACCUGAAGCAGGAAGAGCGUCUACAGGAGUUGGAGAGCUGCUCAGGGCUGGGCAGCACCUCCGAUGACACAGAGGUCAGAGAGGUCAGCUCCCGGCCCAGCACCCCAGGGCUCAGCGUCAUCUCAGCGACAUCAGAAGAUAGAGGCAAGACGGAGGACCUGCGGUCGGAGUGCAGCUCGGACUUUGGGGGAAAGGACUCUGUGACCAGUCCAGAUGGGGAGGAGUUGUCCCACGGAGCACACCACAGUUUGGCUUCUCCAGCCUCGCAGGCAGACUCCUUACUGGCCAUGUUCGAUCCCCUAUCCUCCGGGGAAGGUUUCUCUACUGGUACCAUUGUGAGGCCCAAAGUGCACUACGCCAGGCCCCUUCAUCCUCCCCCUGACCCUCCCAUCCCAGAGACCUGUGCCCUGGGCCAGGAGCCCCGCUACUCCCUGUUCACGCCCCACUGCCUGGCCCAAGCCGAGCUGGAGCACACCAAGCAGCGCCACUCCUACCCAGACAGGCUGGUACGCAGUCGCAGCUCUGACAUUGUCUGCCAAGGCCGCCGGCCUACCAGCGACCCGGGCCUCAACCGCAGAGCAGCAGCCGAGGAGCGGGAUCCUGCCGGGCACUUCUCCAUGGGUCCGUCCUCGUCCCCCAGCAAGGAUUCCCUAAAAGGAGAGGUUGAGGAGAGAAAGGACAGUGAUGAGGAAAAGUCUGAUCGCAACAGACCAUGGUGGAAGAAACGCUUUCAGUCAGCCAUUCCCAAAGUGCUGUAUUGGACGGCUGAGAGUGAAGUCCCAGCUCCGAUAGCCUUCCGGAAAAGGGACAGGCAGGAGAAAGACGAUGUGGGACAUGAACGCGUCCCACAAGAUGACACUCUGUCCAGGAACUCCCAGGCCCAGGCAGCAGAAGACAUCCUGGACAAAUACAGGAACAUCAAGAGGACCAGCCCUAGUGAAGGAGCCACCGCUGCAGCCUAUGACACCACAGGAGAGCUGUGUGGAGAGGAGGGUUUACACGACGAAGCUCUGCAGAACAUGUCCACAGACGACCUGCCAGACUCAGCCAGCCAGACAGCCCAGCAACACGACUCCAGCAAGUUCUCAUUCAGUGAUGCAAAGAAGAAGUUGAGACUGGCCUUGUGUUCAGCAGACUCUGUGGCUUUCCCCCUCAUGGCUCCUGCCACCACACGCAAUGGGCUGCCUGACCACACGGACUCUGAAGACAAUGAGAUCGUGUGCUUCCUGAAGGUCCAGCUGGCGGAGGCCAUCAACCUGCAGGAUAAGAACCAGAUGGCCCAGAUCCAGGAGACCACUCGCUGCGUCAGCCGAUUCGACGCACGUACCUGCAGGAAGUUGCUGGCAGCCAUCGCUGAGGAUUACAGGAAGCGGGCGCCCUACAUAGCGUAUCUGACGCGGUGUCGACAAGGCCUGCAGACGUCCCAGGCCCACCUGGAGAGGCUGCUGCAGCGGGUCCUGAGGGACAAAGAGGUGGCUAACCGCUACUUCACCACAGUCUGUGUUCGCCUCUUACUGGAACACAUGGAGGCGAAGUCCCUGGACUUCAUCAAAGCCUUCCAGGGGUGCACAGCGUCAGACGACAAGACGGCGGCGGUGGAGGACUUCCUGCGCUACCUGUACGGGGCCAUGGCCCAUGAUGCCAUCUGGCAGUACGCCAGCGAGGACCAGCUGCAGGAUGCCCAGAUGGCCAUAGAGCGCAGCGUCAUGAACCGCAUCUUCAAGCUGGCCUUCUACCCCAACCAGGACGGGGACAUCCUGAGAGACCAGCUUCUACAGGAACACAUAGCGCGUCUCUCAAAGGUGGUGACGGCAAAUCACAAAGCUCUUCAAAUCCCAGAGGUGUAUGCGAGGGAGGCUCCCUGGCCAUCUGCCCAGUCAGAGAUCCGGACCAUCAGUGCCUACAAGACUCCUCGGGACAAAGUGCAGUGUAUCCUGCGCAUGUGUUCCACCAUCAUGAACCUCCUGAGUCUGGCCAACGAGGACUCUGUCCCUGGAGCUGACGACUUCGUCCCUGUGCUUGUCUUUGUCCUGAUAAAGGCAAACCCGCCCUGCCUGCUGUCCACUAUUCAGUACAUCAAUAAUUUCUACGCCAGCCGGCUGAGUGGGGAGGAGUGCUAUUGGUGGAUGCAGUUCACCGCGGCAGUGGAAUUCAUUAAGACAAUCGAUGAUCGCAAGUGAAGCAGAACCGCCACCUGUAUGGGGAAGGAGAUGGGAGACUGGGAGACUUCCCAACCAACCCUCUCCCUCUGCUCCCCAGGACCCAGACCCACACCCUGUCUGUAUAGCUGUACAUAGUCAGAGACUUAGAGAUUUAAAAAGUAUAUAUGAUUAUUAUGUGGACAAAAUCCAGGUUUUAUCAUGGAGAAAAAGUCCUUGGAAAAAAUGGCAGAUGUUAACUUUGAAUUUAAACUAAUUAGCAGUUUUCAUUUAAUCUCUUGUCUCUAGUCAUGGUGAGGUGUGGGGGUCUAUGUCUUGAAUGUUAUAUCUAAAGUUACGAUUCUGACGUUAAAUUGACUGAUAAAGCGUCUAACCAGAUGAAAAGGGACCAUGUUUCCUAGAGAUGAUCUCAGAUAUAUGUUGUGGAAGCGGGACUACCUGAAGGUGAGCGAGAGAGAAAGGUUGUUAAAUUGUGCAAUCUUUCCCCUGAAAUACUCUUCAUCCUAAUGCUCUUCAAGAUGCAUCGUAUCCUGGGGAAUCACAUAACUCAAUAGAUACUGACUGAGUAUUAGUGACUCAAGUAAAUAAAUAUAAAAUCAACCCAAAAUCAUCCUGCUAAUAUUAGUAUAUAUUUUUUUGACAUUGGCACAUCAAUAAUAGGACAGAUUUUUUCAUAAAAUGUAAACAGAUGUAUUCAUUAUUCGGUUCAUCCUUCCCUAAAUACUUUCCAUGGCAAUUUGGACAGAAGGGCCCACAUAUUUAUAUAUAAAAUGUAUUUAUUUCUUUCAUUCUAUUUAAUGGAAUUGUAUUUUAUUUCUAUAAAUGAAAUCACACAUCAUGCCUAUUUAGGAGAUUUAAGGCAGCUGUUAAGGGUUGAGAUAUUUUAAUAUUGUUAGGAGGGCAAGCACAGCAUUGUCCUCAGACUGAAGCCCCCAGGAUAAGUUGUUGGCUGUUUGCUACAGCUUAUAGACAGGGUCACCACUGAUCAGCUCCUGCACAAUAUCAGUAGUGCUGGUAUUUUUAGAAAUACUGAAAUGUGCCUUGAGGGCCACUUUGUAAGUCUGUUUUAAAAAAACAAACAAAAAAAAACAUGUUUUCUUGAGAAUGAGGGUUCUGCUUUUGGUUUUCCAUCACCUUUGAUCCCCACAGCCGGUCUCUCUGAGAAACCUCUUUCCAACCUUAGUGCUGGGAGUGGAACACCACUGGUUGUUUCGGUUCAUUCCCUUUGCACUCAUCCCCUUUCCGUUUUCCCCUUCAAUAUUUAAUAUCCUACCUCAAAGUUAGAACCAAUGAGCCUGACGUUUCUGUUUGUGCACAAUACUCUUUAAUAUUGGUUGGAUAUGAAGAGUAAUGGAACAGGUAUUCACUGUUUAGCAUCAGCUUCCUCUAUUGACACUGACUGCUCUCUUGCAAUUACAUGGUAUAACAAGGUAGUAAAACAUUUCCAAAUGAACAAGUUGACUAUUUCUGUAGUUGAAGCUGUUAUAAUGCAUGCAUGUUUCAGCAUAGAGCAGAAAGACUAGUGAUUGGAUUAGCUCUUUACCUUCUCACACGAUCAAGAAAGGGACUCUUAAAUGUAUAUGCACUCUUGUAUUAUUUGAUUUCUUCUUUCAUUUUAGAGUGCAGGGAUAUUCCAGUUUCAUGUUCUUUCAUCUACAGGCAUGUUUCUAAUCACUUACAGCCAAAGGCACCAAAACUCAUAAAAUCAUCUGUUUGUUGCAGCUACAAAAAGCAGGAACACUGCCCCCUCUGUUUGUGCAACUUUGCAUUGUGCCAAGUGUAUGUCUUAUUUUCUCUUUUAAAUCACUACUUUCAAACAGUAUCCCAUUAAUAGACAGCACAACAAAAAGAGCAAAUAAUCAGAACACUAUCUGAUAUGUUACUGACCAUUUGAAAAAGGCAGUGUGGGACAGUGUGGGCUAUGUUGCGUGAGAGGUUUGUACAGUGAAUGUGUGAUAUGUUGGUUUGUUAAGUGUUUUUUUGAGAGGUCCACCCUCUUCCUCUUUCACAAUGUCAGGACGAUCUCCUUACUGUAGCUACAGUACUCCUCGAUGAGCAGUAAAUCCUUGUUGGUGAAAAACCUAAAAUAUCUCUCGAGUUAAUUUCGAACUCAGACCAGUUCUGAAAGGGUUGUGAAGAAUGAGGCUGGGUUUUCUUGUCUGUCUCUCUGAUGUCAUUUCUUUUUCAAUGUUCGGAGUUUAAUUACUCUGGAUUUUUUUGUACAAGGUAAGCGAAGCUUGCUCCGUACAUUUGACAUGCAGAACUUCACAUGUUUUCUACUCUGCUCUUUAGUAAUGAGUCACACUUGUUUUAACUAAAACCUCUGACAUUACAAAUGAUACUGUAACAGAGAUUUAUAUGGGUAGCUUAGCUAGGUCUGACUGUUACACUUUAUCCAAUAACAUCAGUCAAGGACACACAUUUAUAAACAAUCUCAAGUUGUGAUAUUAGUGUUGUCUCCCCAUUUCCUGACUUAUGUUCCUGUUUUUUUGAGUAAUGUGUGUACAGCAUCUAAUGGUUUUUAAAUACACCUGUGCAAAAUGGAUGAUACUGCUGUUUAACCUGUUUGAAAACAUACCCAUGUACUGAUUGGUCACAAAAUGUAGAUAGACUGUAACAAGAAGUGUUUAUGUGAUGUCACUUUAGAAGUAUGUACAGUACAGACCAAUGUGAUCAAACAAUCUGGACCUGGCUUGUGUAUUAAUGUUGCCUUCUACAUAUCAGUGAACAAAGAUACUUUUCAAUAGCUAGAAAACUACAACCAGCCUUUGUCUGACCUGAUUCAUACUGUUCAUACACAGUGACAGAAUACCUCACAUUGUAAAGUUAAAGUACAAAUACACAUCCUAACAUUGAGAAUAAUUCUGUACUAUAGCCUGAGUUUAGCAUUGAUUGUAUGCAAACAAGUGGACAGUUGCCAGAAUGGCGGACUAAAAGAGACUUGACUAUGGAAAUCUGGUCUUCAAAGCUUUACAAUCCUCUCUGUGCUCUAGUCCCGGUACAGAGUAGGCAGAACAAGCAGAAAAUAAUCCAUUUUACAUUUGUAAGCUUGCACAAUUAUGACAUAUGCGAAGGGGAAGCCGUUUGUCUUAUCAUAUAAUUCUUUAAAACAAUAAAAUGCAUUUUUCUGUA